GUUAAGCAUAUAGAAAUGAAUGUGAAAUUGUUGAAGCGUUGCAAGAACAAGCGAACGGUACAAUUUGCAAAAUUGAAGCUGAUGCGCCAGUUUGAUGAGAACGGCAACGCCCUGAACGAUGGCUACGCCGCCGUCGCCGCAGCAGCGGCGGCAAUCGCUGCUGCCGGUGGCAACGGCAACGGCAACGGCAACAGCAGCAGCAGCAGCGGCAGCAGCAACAGCAGCAACAACUCCGCCGCCAAUCAGUUCACGGCCAUGAUUACCGCCAACAGCGGGGCUCAGCAGCAGCAGCAACAGCAACAGCAACAGCUGCAGCAUCAUCAGCAGCGCUCGAACAACGUGGACACGCUGUUGACAACUGGCGGUAACGCGAUGACACCGGCCAUGGCAUUUGCAGCGGUUGCUGCCACCUACAACCAGAUUCAGCAGAUUGGCGGCUCGUCGCAGCCACCGACCAAGCUGAAGGCGAAGAAGAAGUCGCAGCAGGAGCGGAACACCACCACGGUGGAUGUGGAGUCUGUGGCCGGGUAUCGCGGCAAGGAUCCGGUCGAGCAGCUGGUCAAAUACAUUGAGAACGACGGCGCCCAGCAGCAGCAGCAGCAGCAGCAGAAGAAGAAGGAGCGCAAGAAGCAGAACAAGCUCAAGAAAUGUAAUUCGCUCGAAGAGCUGCGCAGCUGUGCGAAGAUGGAGGUCGACGAGCUGAAGCGCCAGUCGGCAACCACUGAGAUGAUGCGCAACAAGAAGGGCGGCAAGCACAAUUCCGCUUCCGUGGCGGACAUCAAUAAGAACUGCAACAAGGAACAGCAGCAAUCACAGCAGCAGCAACAGCCGCAGCAGCAGCAACAAUCAUCGCAGCAGUCGCAGCAGCAAUCAUCGGCGACACGCAAGGGCGAGCGUCGCUCCUGGGGUACCGAGGAGCUGCAGUAUUUGGGCGAGCCUGCGUUGAACGAUAGCAACAACAGCAGCGGCAACAACAGCAACUGCAAUGAGCCAGCAGCAACAGCAGCUGCAGCAGCGGCAACAGCAGCAGCAGCAGCAGCAACAUCAUCCCAAAUGUCGAUGACGAGCGGCACAAUGCCAUCGCUGGAGCUGCCCUCAUUGGCGCGCAUGUCCGAGAUGGAGGCGCUCAAUACGGUGCUGACCGAGACGGCCGAGUUCCAUGUGGUCACCAAAAAGAAGAAACCAAAGAAGCAGCGCGCCGUUACCAUGGACGAUGCGGCCGUUGCGGCAGCUGCCACAACCGGCGGCAACUUGCAGCGCAUGCAACAGAUUACAAAGUCCGCAUCGUCCAAUAUGAUGUCGCAGCGCUUGCGCGGCAGCAACAUGGACUAUUACAACAACAACAAUAACAACAACAAUUAUUAUGCUGGACAUGCCAGCUACAACAACAGCAGCAACAAGCAGCAACAGCAACAACAACAGCACGCCACAACAUCAGCAACAGCAACUGCAGCUGCAGCUGCAGCGACAACAGUUGUUGCUGGCACUCAAGAUAAUUCGCGUCGCAAGUCCACAUCGUCCAUGCCGCCAUCGGAGAAAUCUGAUUCAAGUGAUCUCGACUCGGUGCACUCGCUGCCCAUACAAACUGGCAAGAAGAAGAGCAGCAACAAUAAGCGUUCAGCCGCCGCACAGGCCAAACAAAACAACAAUAACAAUAACAACCAUAACAAUAACAAUAAGAAUCAUAAUAAUCAUGGAGCUGCUGCGCCCAUCUCGUAUGCGGACAUCGCACGCAACAAGCGCGAACUGCUGGCCGCCAGCGAGGACAACGAUGCCGGGCACGAUGGCCCGGGCACUAACUCGGGCUCAUCCCAGUUGCUGCUGGACAACAACAACGGCAGCAGCAGCAGCAGCACGAACAGCAGCAGCGGCAGCAGCAACAGCAAGCAGCGCGCCGCCAAGUCAAAGGCGCGUCCCGACUUCCCAGAGCUGCCCAGCGCCAUGGCCGCCAAUAUAACAACAGCAACAGCAGCGGGCGCUGCAGCAGCAGCAGCAGCAGCAGCAACAGCAGCCGCCGCAACAGCCGCUGUGCUCGUCAGCUACUCGCAGAGCCUGAACAAAUUGCCAGCGCAGAGCAACAGCGGCGAGACCGAGGAGAAGCAACAAUUGCAGAGCUCGGCAGCAGCUGCGUCCACAGCAGCAACAACAGCAGCAGCAGCAGCAACAUCAUCAACCAAUGCCACCUCGAAUCAACAGCAGUCGGCGCUGCCAGCGCUGCAAAAGUCCAAGAGUGUCGAGCACGAUGCCCGCAGCAACAGCAGCAGCAGCUACAACUUCAACAGCAGCAAUCUGGACUUGCAGUAUCCGGCGCUGGAGAAGACUGUGAAGCGGCACAGCGUCAACUAUGUGUCGCUGCCUUCGGCCAUCAGCAGCAACAUUAACUUUGCCGCAGCUGCCAAACAGCAGCAGGAGAAGGAGAAAGAAAAGGAGAAGGAAAAGGAAAAGGAGAAGGAAAAGGAGAAGCUCAACCAAGAUGUGACGACAGCAGCAACAGCAGUAGCAACAGUUGCUGCUGCUACAGCAACUACCUCAGCCAAGGCUAAGAGCAAGCCAAAGGAACUAUCACCUGGCAGCAGCAACAGCAGCUGCAACAGCAACAGCAACAGCAACAGCAGCAGCAGCAGCAGCAGCAAGAAGGAGAAGAAGCCUAGUCAGGAGGAGCAAUCAACGUCGACGAUGACGACGUCGCCGCCCAUUAGCUUUAACACAUGCUGCCACAACAACAAGGCAACUGCUGCCACGCAGACGGAGGUGGCCAAGAGGCACAGCAGCUGCAACACUGUGGCCGCUGGCGUGCAGACAGCACUGCCGGCGGGCAAUAGACCCGCUGUGAUUAUACUCAACGAUGAUCGCGACUCGGCGCUGGGCAGGCUCAACAACGAGUUCAUCUUUGGCGACUUCAAUGAGGACGAGCUGAAGCUGUUCGACGAUGCCAGCGACAAGGAGGAGUCGGACGAGAAGCCCACUAAGCAUCAGGUGGACAAGCAGCAGCAGACGACGCCGACAACAGCAACAGCAGCAACUGCAACAGAUUCCAGCUGUGACCAACAGCAACAACAGCAGCAGCAGCAGCAACAGCAGCAACAGUUGCAGCUGCAGAUGCUAAACGAUUCGGGUGCCGCCUCCGAUUUGGUCAAUAGUUCGGCCUGCAUGGAUAUGCUGCUGAUCUCAGGGCAGGCGGCACAGUCGUCGCCCAAUGCCGCAGCCGCCAACAACAGCUCAUCGACUUCAUCGACGCCAUCCUCAUCGGCCUCUUGCUCCACCUCCGCCUCCUCGUCGACGCUGAGCAGCACCAGCAACGGCAACGGCAGCGGCAGUGGCAGUAAUGGCAACGGCGGCAGCGCCGCCUUGCACUUGGCCAAUCAGUCGAGCGACAGCGGCAUCUAUGGCACUGCCAACAUAUCGAAUUCAGCUGCGGCCACCAUCAAGGAUCAGGUGAAUAGUUUCCUAAGCAAGGCCAGCGCCGGCAACGCCAAUGCCAAUGCCAGCCACAGCCACAGCCACAGCCAUAGCAACAGCAGCAGCUGCAGCAGCUGCCAAGAUGAGCCGCUGCCCAUGCAGCAGCUGGAGACAUGCAACGAUAUCGAGGCAGCAAUUAUUGCAGCUGCCCGCGCCGCUGCCGCAGAGGCCUCGUCGCGCAGCGGCAGCUGCAGUCGCAGCAAUUCACGCGAGCAGCCGGCGACAGUUGCUAAUGCCAAGCCACGACCAGCUCUCUAUAGCUCCUACGGCCUGGGCAGUGGAGUGCAUACAGCAGCAGCUGCUGCCGCUGACAAUGCUGUUGCUGCUGAUAAUCUAGAUGACGAGGACGAGGAGCCGCCGCUGCACGAGCUCAGCUUUAUGUCUGAUCUCAAAACGGAGUUUGGGGCGACAGCCACACCAAUCCCAACAGCAUCAUCAUCAUCAGCAACCAUGUCUGCAACAUCGUCACGUCAAAGUCAAAUGUCCAACACGGAGCUCAUCGUGGACUACAUCAGCAGCUGUAAGUCGAGCGAAGAAAUAAAUAUUUAUAUAAAUGCAAGCUUAAUCAGUGCAUAG